CUCUAUUUAAUUUAAAAAAUACUUUUUUGAUUAAAAAGGGAGUCUUUCAAUUGAGAAUCAAAAUUUUGUUAUUCAUGAUGAAUAACAAAAGGCCAAGGAUUAGCUUGGACAAGGCGGUGGUCGAUGUUCGGCAACGGGAACUCGGGGAACUCUCAGCUAGGAAUUUCGCCAAACGCCUUGCUGCUUCUGAGGAUCUUGUGCUCCGGCUUAGCAUUUACAAGAAACUCGAAAAGCACCAAGGUUGUGUAAAUACAGUGAGCUUUAAUGCUGAUGGCAACAAUUUAGUAUCCGGCUCUGAUGACAUGCGGGUUAUUGUAUGGGACUGGGAAACUGGGCAUUCCAAGCUUUCUUUCCAGUCGGGUCAUUCCGACAAUGUUCUCCAAGCAAGAUUCAUGCCUUACACAGAUGACCGCAGCUUGGUUACCUGCGCUGCAGAUGGGGAGGUUCGACAUGCUCAAAUUUUGGAACGCGGCGUCGAAACUAGGCUGUUAGCCAAACAUCAGGGCCGAGCUUUUAAAUUGGCCAUUGAACCCGGAAGCCCUCAUGUAUUUUACACUUGCGGCACAGAUGGGUUAGUGCAGCAUAUUGAUCUUAGAACUGCACAAGCUACUAAACUUUUCACAUGCUAUCCAAUUGAUGAUAGCAGGGCUUACAUGCGAGUUAUCAAACUCAAUGCUAUUGCAAUUGAUCCAAGGAACCCAAAUCUCUUUGCAGUCGCAGGAUCUGAUGAGUUUACCCGCCUUUAUGAUAUACGCAAAUAUAAGUGGGAUGGGUCGACUGAUUUUGGUCAACCUACUGAUUGUUUUUGCCCCCCACAUUUGAUCGGUGAUGAUCUAGUUGAAAUAACAGGUUUGGCCUUUUCAGAUCAGAGUGAACUUCUAGUCUCCUACAGUAAUGAGUUCAUAUAUCUCUUUACACGAGAUAUGGGACUGGGGCACGAUCCAAGCCUGGCAUCUUCAGCAUCUGCAUAUACCGAAGCAAGUGAAAUUGGACUUAAUCACUCGGCUGUGGUGGCAUCAGCUAUGGAUGCUAAUGACAAAGGUGUUCUACAAGUUUAUAAGGGACAUAUGAACCGUGAGACAGUGAAAGGUGUGAGCUUCUUUGGACCUAGGUCAGAGUACGUUGUUAGUGGAUCUGAUUGUGGUCGAAUAUUUAUUUGGAAGAAGAAAUGUGGAGAGCUAGUUCGUGUGAUGGAAGCAGAUAAGCACGUGGUCAACUGUAUCGAAUCGCAUCCUCAUAGUACAGUUCUUGCUAGCAGUGGAAUCGAGACUGAUAUCAAGGUAUGGUCUCCAAAGGCUCUUCAUAAAGCUAUUCUUCCGACGAAUAUUGAAGAGUGCAAACCAAAACCUAGGGGCUGGAUGUACCGAAUAACUUCACCCCAGGACCCGAUGAUGCGUUUACUUUCAUGGCAGAGGCUGGGGAGUAGACCAGAACGAUACGGAGAAAACUCAUCGUCAGGAGGGCAAGAACUUCUAGAUCUGAUAUGGAUAUCCGACACCAACAGCGAUGCUUCUUCAGAUGACGGAGAGAAUGCUUCCGGUCCAGAGGACUUAUUCAGUUGAAUGAAAAUGUUGUGGUAACCCUUUUAGCCAUUGCACUUGUACAUACUUAUAAGUAAACAAUAUCUUUAUAUAGAUUUUGUUUUGUCUCACAUAAAAGAAAGUCACCUUUCAUGAAA